CUUGUUUCCUGACAUAAAAUUGAGCUUAAUAGUGUACCAGGAGGAACUAGGACAGCAACCUGCUAGCUGUAGGGUCUCAGCAUGGACGUUUGCAAAGCAGCUUUCCUCCUAGGAUCCCUGAUCUGCACUGUAGGUGGAGAUCAGGUGGAUGGCUACACCAAAACCAGUGGAGCAAGGAUGCUCUUGAUGCUAAGAACACGAUACACUGUAAACUCUGCGGCUGAGUGCGCUGCAGAAUGUGAUGCUGAAAUAAACUUCAAAUGCAGUGCCUUUAUGUAUGUUAAAAAGGAUCGAGAGUGCUGGACAACAGCCCAAUUUGAAGCAAGGGCUGGCCCUCAUAAAGCAGGGAUAGCUCUUUAUGAAAAAGUCGUCUCUAUAGUUGAAUGUAUAGAGUGCAUUGGUGAGAACUACAGAGGAAAAGUCUCCACCACAGAGAAUGGUCACACCUGCCAGCACUGGGACUCCCAAGAGCCUCACAACCAUGACUACAGCCCCAGCGUUCAUCCGGACAAGAAUCUUCAGGAAAACUACUGUAGAAACCCAGGCGGUGACCCGCGACCUUGGUGUUAUACCACUGACCCGUCCAAACGAUGGGACUACUGCUCUAUACCCCGCUGUACACCUGGACUUCCCUCCAUCGUCCCAGAGUUCACCUGUCUAUCAGGCAAAGGCGUAAAUUACAGAGGCACGAUAGCUGAGACAGAGUCUGGAAAAAUGUGCCAGAGAUGGUCUGCUCAGACACCACACCAACACAACCGAACGCCAGACAACUACCCUUGCAAAGGCCUAGUUGGCAACUACUGCCGAAAUCCUGACAAUGAGAAAAAGCCCUGGUGUUACACCACUGACCCUCAGACUCGCUGGGAGUACUGCAAUGUGACAAGCUGCAGAUCUGACCCAGAGGAAUGUGUAGAGUGCAUUGGUGAGAACUACAGAGGAAAAGUCUCCACCACAGAGAAUGGCUACACCUGUCAGCGCUGGGACUCACAACAGCCACACAGCCAUAACUACACCUUCAGGAAUCAUCCAGAUAAGUUUCUCGAGGAGAACUACUGCAGAAACCCAUGCAGGGACAUCAGGCUCUGGUGUUACACCACCAACCCAAACAAACAAUGGGACUACUGCUCCAUACCCCCCUGCACAACUGAACCUCACCCCAUCACCCCAGAGUUCACCUGUGCAACAGGUAAAGGUCAAGCUUACCGAGGCAUAAUAAAUGUGACAGAGUCUGGAAAAAAGUGCCAGAGUUGGUCAGCUCAGACGCCGCACAAACACAAACACACGCCGGACAACUACCCCUGCAAAGGCCUAGAAAACAACUAUUGUCGUAAUCCUGACAAUAAGCUGAAGCCUUGGUGCCACACCACUGACCCUCAGACUUCCUGGGAGUACUGCAAUGUGACGAGCUGUGGACCUGACCCAGAGGAGUGUUUGGAGUGCAUCGGAGAGAACUACAGAGGAAAAAUCUCCACCACAGAAAAUGGCUACACCUGCCAAAGUUGGUUCUCUCAGGAGCCACAUAAACAUAGCUACAACCCUAAUGCUGGUUGGAAAAGAAUUCUUCAGGAAAACUACUGCAGAAACCCAAGUGGUGACCCACGGCCCUGGUGUUACACCACCAACCCAAACAAACGAUGGGACUACUGCUCCAUACCCCGCUGCAAAACUGAACCUCCUACCAUCAUCCCAGAGUUAACCUGCGCAACAGGUAUUGGUCAAGCUUACAGAGGCAAGAUAGCUGUGACACAGUCCGGAAAAACGUGCCAGAGAUGGUCUGAUCAGACGCCCCACAAACAUAACCGUAUGCCGGGCUACUACCGCUGCAAAGGCCUAGAAAACAACUACUGUCGUAAUCCUGACAAAGCGAAGAGGCCAUGGUGUUACACCACCGACCCUGAGACUCGCUGGGAAUACUGCAAUGUGACGAGCUGUGAACCUGAACCAGUGUUGAAAGUAGCCAGUUCAUCAGAGAAGGAAGACUGCUAUGAGGGGGACGGUUCCACAUAUCGGGGCACAAAAUCAGAGACCAUCAGUGGAAAAACAUGUACAUUCUGGAGUGCCUCGAGGUCUUCUGACUAUCUGUAUACUCCAGAGAAGGACCCCCAUGCUGACCUCAGGGAGAAUCUGUGUAGGAACCCUGAUGGUGAUAAGGCUCCAUGGUGUUACACUAUAGAUGAUGAUGAAACCACGUGGGAAUACUGCAACUUGAAGAAAUGCUUCAGCUCAAAAUAACAGACAGCAAAUAACAGACUUCAAGUGGGUGUUUAAGAAUAGAUAGACAAAAUUAAAAAAAAAAAACAUCAAGCUUGGGAGUGCAGAUGGUCGAGUGGUUUAAGGCGCUACCCAUGUACGCGGGCGGCCCGGGUUCGAAUUCGGCCUGUGGCCCUUUACCGCAUGUCUCUCCCCACUCUCUUCCCUGUUUCAAAGUCUAUCCACUGUCCUUCCUCUAUCAAAUAAAGGCAUGAAAAGGCCCAAAAAAACAAAAAAACAAACAAAAAAAAAAAAACAUCAAGCUUGUUGAGUUGAACUAUGCAGCACCACAUUGCAUAAAGUGUAAGCAUAAUGUUAGAGUAAAACCAAAUUUAGACUGCAGGCUUAUUAUGAACUUUGUAACUUUAUUGUUACCUUCUUAUCAAGUUACCAUCAUGACUUACUGUUUGAAAGAACCAAGAUUUGUUCCUUUACAUCACUCUAUAAAUAUUAGUCAUGACCCAGAGUCAAAUACAAAUAAAUGUUCUCUCUUACAGUUUUCAUUGCAUUGUUUACAUCUAUGAAAUUAAAAUGAAAUAAGGCUCACAUUAGAUCAUGAAGCUUGUACUAUGUUGUAUUACUGUACUGUCAGUUUUGACUAGGGAUGCAUGAUAUGCUGAUAUUUACAAAUUCCUUUUAGCUGAUAGAUACUGAUAUCAAUACAGGUAAGUAUAGUUUAGACCUAAAACUUGCAAUUGACUACAGCAGCAAAUAGCAGCAUGACUAGCACAUUUGAUCCACUAUCUCCACCUCACAAACCAUAUCCCUGUAAUCAUCAUCAAGCACCAACACUUCUGAAGAUUGUCAGCUACCUGCAGGUUGCUUUUGUUUUGUGUCUGAAUGUGGAGCUGUCAGUGUCAAUGUCAAUAUCAUCACAGCUCUGUUGACUUCCAAGGCCUUACAUUAUCUCAUCCUUGACUUCAGUUCAACUAGUCCUAUUACUUCUGUUUUAAGGAGCUGUAAGUCAUUUUAGUGUAUUUUUCCUUGCUGGUUUUAAAAAGAGAAAAUUGUUAUGACUGAAUUUAAAAUAAAUGCUCAUAUCCUUCCAAAAACUUUAUAUCUUUACAUUUAUCAUUGAAACAUGUUUUUUCAGUGAUGGCACUUAUAGUAGCUGUUGCUUCAUGGGUUUUCUGGUGUAUGUAUGUAUCCGUCCAGAAUGUCUUCCAGUGAGCUAACAAAGUGGCUGGUAGUAGGAAAUCUGAAAUCUAACCAAAAAAGAAAAAAAAAAAAG